AUGAGCGGCCGAGGGCAGACGGGUGAUAUGGUUCAAACAAAGGAUGGCCCUGAAGACGGGUCUCUGGGAAAAACGGACACUCUCCCGCCUGAAAUAUCCAGUCCUGAGGCCUUUCAGCGCUUGUGGAUUGAAAACCAGGACUUGAGAAUGGCCUUAGAACAGAGUAAUGCAAUGUUGCGGAAAAGUCACAGCGAGAUGGUUGAGUUUCAGACUACGCAGAAGAGAGAGAGGGCAUUCAUUGCAUACAAGUUCAACGAGGCCAAAAACCUUGUACAAAGGCUGAGCGCUGAACGGGAUUCUCUGCAAGCCCAACUUGAAGCAGCUAAAAAGCAGCUAGCCGAGGUGACCUCUAGAGAUGAACAAAUUGCAACAACUGACAGAACUGCUAUUGAAGAAUCGGUUUGUCCAGAGAUUGCUCAGAAGAAAGUCUUUGAAGAGGCUAACAACAGCCCUGGGAGCUCUCUAUCCUCCUGUGAAACGCUAACCCCCAGUAUGUGUGAAUCCAUGAGAGAGUCAGCACGACAUCACCAGGGGCCACCCCGAGCUGAGCAGGAUGAUAUCUUAAAGGAAAGUGAAAAGAAUCAACUUCUUGGGCUGCCACCUAAAGACUGGGAGGAAUCUGCUGUCCGGAAGAUGGUUACAGAAAUAGAAGUCCUGCAAGGGACAAAUGGAAGGUGUACAGCAAAGGAGCAGGAUCUGCAAAAGAAGCUUCAGGAGGCAGAGAGCCGGAAUGCUCAGCUGCAAGAAAAAAUUACUGAGCUGCAGCUGGAGGUAUCAGGCCUGAAGGACCAGCUGAAAGAGAAAGGAGUCGAAGCUCAAAGACAGCUCCAGCUACUGGCUGAGGAGAAGGCUUCUGUCAAGGCUCAGGUGACAUCUUUACUGGGAGAGUUACAUGAGAGUCAGAUGAGCCUGGAGUCCUCGCAGCAGGAGAUGAAGAAUGUGGAAGGGAGCCUGCGGAAAUUGAGAGAGCAGCAGCGAGAGUGGGAGCUCCAGAUGAAGCAGCAUGUGACGCAGCUGGACCAGCGGCGGAUGCAAGUGCAGAAUCUAGAGACGGCACUGAAAGUGGAGCGGCAGAAUGCCAGUGAGGAGAUGAGGAAGUUGGCCCAACUUCAGGCUGCAUACCACAAACUCUUUCAAGAAUAUGAUGCUCACAUCAAGAAUGGCCUUCAGCAAGAAAAACUCAUGAAGAGCAUGGACCUCCAGCUGCAAGAACUAAAGCAACAACUGCAGGAGGCCGAAGAGGCUCUGGUAGCCAAACAAGAACUCAUAGACAAACUCAAAAUGGAAACAGAUGAGCAGAAGAGCCUGAAAGAGACCAUUGGUGUACUCAAAGCUCAGGCAGAUAUAUUUUGUGCAGACUUCCAGGCAGAACGGCAGGCGAGGGAACGGCUUCACGCAGAAAAGGAGCAGCUGCAGGAACAACUGGAGGAAUUAAAGCGAGAAAGGUCGAGGAUGGAAGACAUGAGGAACAGACAUGUUGACAACGCACGGCCAAACCAACCUUCACUUUACCCUAUGCAGUACUCUAAUGUGCCAGCGCCUUCUUUCCACCCUGUGGUGGAACUUCAGGAAUAUCGCUGCCCCAAGUGUCAGUACAAAGCCCCAGAUAUGGACACACUGCAAAUCCAUGUCAUGGAUUGCAUACAAUAG